AUGUUUAAAAUAAAACUAGAGCCUUUAAAAAUGACAGCUUGGACUCUGAAUGUGUUCGUAAAGUUUCGGAAUAAGUACUCGGCUCCCGGCAGCGUUGCCGUCAUGGGGAAGGACUAUUACAAGAUUUUGGGCAUCCAGUCCGGCGCCAACGAGGAUGAAAUCAAGAAAGCCUAUAGGAAAAUGGCCCUGAAGUAUCACCCCGACAAGAAUAAAGACCCCAAUGCUGAGGAGAAAUUCAAGGAGAUCGCAGAGGCUUAUGAUGUCCUGAGCGACCCCAAGAAACGAGCCGUCUACGACCAGUACGGGGAGGAAGGUCUCAAAACUGGAGGUGGCUCUUCAGGUGGCUCAGGGAACACUUUCCACUACACCUUCCACGGAGACCCCCACGCCACCUUUGCAUCCUUCUUCGGGGGCUCCAACCCUUUUGACAUCUUCUUCGCCAGCAGCCGCUCCCGGAUGUUCAAUGGCUUUGACCAGGAAGACAUGGAUUUCGAUGAUGAUGACGACCCUUUCAGUGCCUUCGGCCGGUUUGGCUUCAACGGCAUUAAUGGGGUUCACCGGCGGCACCAAGAGUCUCUGCACACGCGGAGGAAGGUCCAAGACCCACCCGUCAUCCAUGAGCUCAAGGUGUCCCUGGAAGAGAUCUACCACGGAUCCACCAAGAGGAUGAAGAUCACCCGCAGAAGGCUCAACGCUGAUGGCCGGACCAUGCGGACUGAGGACAAGAUCCUAAACAUUGUCAUCAAACGGGGUUGGAAGGAGGGAACCAAAAUCACAUUCCCCAAAGAAGGGGACGCCACCCCGGACAACAUCCCUGCUGACAUCGUCUUCAUCCUCAAGGACAAGCCUCACUCGCACUUCAAGAGGGAUGGGACGAACGUGGUCUACACGGCAAACAUCAGUCUUAAAGAGGCCUUGUGCGGCUGCACCGUGAACAUUCCCACCAUCGACGGGCGGGUGAUCCCGCUGCCCUGCAACGACAUCAUCAAGCCGGGGACAGUGAAGAGACUGCGCGGGGAGGGGCUGCCCUUCCCCAAGGCCCCCAGCCAGCGAGGAGAUUUGAUCGUGGAAUUCAAAAUCCGCUUCCCGGACAGAAUAGCUCCCCAGACGAGACAGAUCCUCAAGCAGCACCUCCCAUGCUCCUAGA